AUGGCUGAGACUCGUGGUGGCUUCGGCCGUGGUGCUUCGCGUGGUGGUCCCCGUGGUCGUCGUGGUGCCCGUCGCGGCCCGAAGCGCGACGAGGAGAAGGAGUGGGUUCCCGUCACCAAGCUCGGCCGCCUUGUAAAGGACGGCAAGAUCAAGUCGAUGGAGGAGAUCUACCUCUUCUCGCUCCCCAUCAAGGAGUACCAGAUCAUCGACCUCUUCCUCCCCACCCUCAAGGACGAGGUCAUGAAGAUCAUGCCCGUCCAGAAGCAGACCUCGGCCGGUCAGCGCACCCGCUUCAAGGCCUUUGUCGCUGUCGGUGACUUUGACGGCCACGUCGGUCUCGGUGUCAAGUGCGCCAAGGAGGUCGCCACCGCCAUCCGCGGCGCCAUUGUCCUCGCCAAGCUCGCGGUCGUCCCCGUCCGUCGCGGCUACUGGGGCUCGCACAUUGCUGAGCCUCACACCGUCCCCAUGAAGGUCUCGGGCAAGUCGGGCUCGGUCAUGUGCCGUCUCAUCCCCGCCCCCCGCGGUACCGGCAUUGUCGCCGCCCCCGCCUGCAAGCGCAUGCUCCAGAUGGCUGGUAUCCAGGACUGCUACACCCAGUCCAAGGGUUCGACUGCCACCCAGGGCAACUUCCUCAAGGCUGCUGUCUCGGCCCUCUCCAAGACCUACCAGUUCCAGUCGCCCGACCUCUGGCAGGUUAUCCCCGUCGGCCAGACCCCCUACGACGAGUUCUCCAACCACCUCGCCAUCGCCGCCCGCAAGGCCGCCGCUUACUAA